AUGAGCAAGUCUAUUGGCUACAUAGGGAAUGGAGAUCCUGAUGGAAACGAAGACGACAAUGAGUGUAAUACAAGCAGUAAUAACUUUAACUAUAUAGAAUGUAGCGAUAAUAGUUUCAACUAUAUAGAAUGUAACAAUAGUAAUAGUAAUAAUAGUAAUAAUAGUAAUAAUAAUAAUAAUAAUAAUAAUAGUAAUAAAAAUAAUAAUUUUGAACAAGAAGAAAUAGAUUAUAAUAGAAUAAAAAAUAUAGAUUAUUAUACACCCAAACACUCCCAAUUACAAUUAAGUAGAGGUCGUCUUUACCAAGGUCAUCAAAGUUUACAUAUUAUUUAUCCUAAUCAAAAUCUAAACCAAAGUUAUGAAAGUUUAAACGAUAGGUCAAUUAAUGAUAGCAAGGAAUUCGACUCAAGCUUACAAUAUGAUGAAGAUUAUGAUGAAGAUGCAGACCAUAACGAUGAUGAAGAUUUAAUGGACCAAGAAAGUAUUUCUCAUGAAUCUUCAAAUGGAUUGGAUGAAACGGACUUUGAAAACAUUGAUAAAUAUUUUGAAAAUAAUCAAUAUCAACAAGAGAAAGAACAACAAGAACAACAAGAACAACAACAACAACAACAACAACAAACUGUAUAUAAUGUAGAUAAUAGUAAUAAUUGUAAAGAAAAUAAACAAGAAAAAAUAAAUAAUAACCAUGAUAAUAGUAUAGUUGAAGAAAAUAAAAUUAUAAAUAAUUUUUCAAAUUUAUCAUUAUCAGUUAGUAGUGGUAGUAAAAUAGAUAAUAAUGACACAAUAAGAAAUAGUUUAAAUAUUAGUAAUAAUAGUGGUAUUAUAUUUAAUGGUUCAGAUCCUGAUAAAGAUAAUAGUAACAAGGAUUAUAAUAUCGAUAAUAAUUUAAUUAAUAAUAAUAGCAAUAAUGAUAAUUUAAAUGGUGCAGAUCUUAAUAACAAUAGUAGUAAUAAUAUAUUUUUAUUAAAUAAAACUGUUCAAUUAUUUUCAAAUUAUGAAAAUCAUCAAGAUGAUAAUCAACAAAAUCAACAUCAAAAUCAAAAUCAAAACCAAAAUCAAAAAUCAAAUGAUAUUCAAAAACAAGAACAAAAUCAACCAUUUUUAUUUUUUAAUACAACUAAUAAUUCAAACUCAAAUAAUAAUUUAUCAUCAAACUCAUCAGAAUUAGAUUUAUCAGAACAAGAAUUAAAUGAAUUUCCAAGUUUUGAUGAACCAUUUGUAAAAAAUUAUAAGAUUAUAGACUUAUCAUUCAAUAAUAUAUCCAAUAUACCACUAGAUUCAUUUGAAAAGAUAUCAAAACUAGAGCAAUUAAUUAUGUUUAAUAACAACUUAACCUAUAUACCAACUACAAUCGAAACUUUAAGAAAUCUAACUAUAUUGGAUCUAUCACAUAAUAGAUUAGAAGAUACAUGUAGAGAGAUGGGCAACUUAAAAAGUCUUCGUGAGCUUUAUUUAUCAAAUAAUUUAUUAUCAAGAUUUCCAACCACUGGCAAUUUAAUAAAUUUAAAGAAAUUAGUAUUGGACAACAACAAGAUCUCCACUAUUCCACCAGAAUGUGUAGAACCACUAUCACAGCUUCAAACAUUAGAUUUAUCAUUCAACAAAAUUGAAGGUAUUGGCUCUUGUAUACAAAGGUUAAAAAAUUUAAAACAAUUAAAUCUUUCACACAACGAACUGAUAGAUAUUCCAAACUCCCUAAGACAUUUGGUAAAACUCCAUAGUCUCUCUUUAGAUUAUAAUCAAAUUAGCGUAUUACCAGAUAAAAUUGUUGCAAGUUUACCUCGUUUAGCAAAACUAACCAUCUCUAAUAAUAAAAUCAAGUCGCUCCCAUAUGCAAUCAAUAAUUUAGAGUCUUUAAUCGAACUCAAUGCCUCAAACAACCUUAUGGAGUUAUUACCAGAGCCAAUUUGUUAUCUUGGAAAUUUAAAGAAAUUAAAUUUAAACAAUAACAACCUAAAAGAGUUACCCGAGAAUAUUGGUUUUCUAACAAAAUUGGUAGAUUUACAACUAUACAACAAUCAAAUUACAUCUUUACCCAUCAGUUUUUUAAAGUGUCGUUCUAUUAGAGAGAUUGGUACAGAUGGUAAUCCAUUACCAUCCUAUUAUCAUUUAGGUAUUAAAGCAAUCCGUUAUCAUAUGAAAAACCCAGAUGUCGAUUUAGAUUAUUUAAAUAGCAAUUGUGAUAGUAAUACUAUUUCACCACUUUUAAAUUCACAAGAAUCAAAUUUUUCAUCAUCAACUCCUCCACUUUUUGAUAGUAACAGUAGUCUCAACUCAACCCCCGCCACCAGUAACUAUAUCGAUACCAACCCCAGUAACGAGUUAUCAGAAUCAUUAAAUAAAAGCUUAGAUCUAUUGAAUGAUUCUACACCACCCCUAAUAAGUAUAAAAAAACCUCUCAGUUCAAGCUCACCAUCUUAUCCAUUCAUAAAUAUUAAUGAUGAUCAACAACAACAAACUAUUUAUUCUUCGAAUCCAAGAAGUCAUACUGAAACUGAUAUCAACAAGCAGAAUACCCUAACCAUUACAAAUAAUAAUAUUACACUGGAAAGAAGUCUUAGCACAGGUAAUAUACAUUUGCUCAAUACCUCUUCAAAUUUACCUUUCAAUUUAAUCAAAACACCUCCAAGAAUUAAGUAUGCUUGGGAAAUCGAUUAUGACGAAUUAAAAUUUGAAUCAUUAAUUGGUCAAGGUGGAUUCAGUAAAGUAUAUCAUGGUCUAUGGCGUUCAAAAGAUGUUGCAAUUAAACAAAUCGAAUUGCAAUCAAAUAAAUCAUUAGAUGAUUUCCGUAGAGAAGUUGGUAUCCUUUCAAAAUUAAAACCACACGAUAAUUUAUUAGCCUACUAUGGUGCUUGUAAAAGCGGAAAUUAUUGUUAUAUUAUUACCGAAUAUUUGCCUCGUGGUUCAUUACAUGACUUGUUACACCGUGAAAAAUUAAUUAAAUUAGAUUUUAAACAAAUUCUCAGUUUUGCAAUUUGUGUAGCUUUAGGUUGUUAUCAUCUAUCAACUUAUGAACCACCAAUUUACCAUACAGAUUUAAAAACAAAAAAUUUAUUAGUAACAAAUAAUUUAAAAAUUAAAAUUGCAGAUUUUGGAUUAGCAUCAUUUGCAAAAAGAAAAGAUUCAUAUGGUGUUGAUCAAAGUCGUUUAGCUUAUGCAUAUUAUGCAGCACCAGAAAUUUUAAAUAGUAAACAAUUUUCAGAAAAAUCAGAUGUAUUCUCAUUUGGUACCAUUUUAUGGGAAUUAGUAACUAAUAAUAUACCAUUUGACGGAAUGGAUCCCUACGAUGUUAAAGAAUUAUUAAAAUCUGGUAAAAGAUUAGAAAUACCUGAAAACUGUCAUGAAGUUUUUAAAACCACAAUUCAAGACUGUUGGAAUCAAUCAGUAGAAGAAAGACCAACCUUUUUAAACAUUUAUCAUCGUUUAGAAAAUUUAAUGAAAUCAAUCAAUAGAAAAAAAACAAAGCAAUAA